AAACGACGUCAUUCAUACAGUCCACAUGGUCAUGACGAAAACAGUUUAAAGGCUGGAUUGCGAGCAUCAGCUAUUUUACUACCAUUACUUGGCGUUACGCUUGUGUUUGCGAUUCUUAUGGUCAACAAAGACUUGGAAAUGUUUCACUAUUCGUUUGCUGCCCUCACUUGCUUUCAGGGAUUGUUCAUCUUUUUGUUUUAUUGUCUGUUUGAUAAGAAGGUCCGCAAGGAGUUCAAGAACGCGUACGUUCGCUGGAAGACUGGAGACAAGACCUAUGGAAUUCCUAAACCUGUGCAACAUUUUAAACGUUCCUACCAUCCUGGUGAAAUGACAGCGGUACGAUCUCCUUACCAUUACGAUGAAGACGAUGGCGGUAAUACCAGUACUUCAGAACCAUCCAGUAGUAUGCCUAGUAGUACUGCUGGUACUAGCAGACCUACCAGUACAGCCUACAGUACUGGCAUGUCAAUACCAGAUAGUAAGCACAGUACGACUAAUCCCGAAUCCUCCUCGGACGACGAAAACCGAAACCCGUCACCAGUCAUUUUGUCAGAUACGUCCGAGUCGUCUGGUGAUGAGCAAAUUCCAAAUGGCGAGGAAAAAACUCCAGAAAAAUCCCGAAAAAAUCACAAAGCUGCUCCUUUCUAUGCAUCAGAUGGACCAAUGCACAGCACGCCCAUUGAUACAACCCCAGAAGAAGAACCCGAUAUGAAGAAGAAAGCCUUUGACGACAGCGAUUCGUCUGACACAGAAGAAGAAGAUAAAGCUCUAGAACGUCCUCUUAAAGAACACCCUAAGUUUACCAGCACACCGGAGAUAAUUCCCGAU